UUCGCUUGUUUCGUGCUGUUGAUUUCAAAACUUUUUGUCCUACGAUUUGCAUAAUUCCACAUAAACUGAUCUGGUCAGCUUCGGAAAUACAUAAUAUUAUUUAAUUAACAAUGGAAAAUAAACCAACGGUGCUUGUAUUGGGUGGGUGUGGAUUUAUCGGACGUAAUAUAGUUGCUUAUCUGGUUGAAAAUGACUUGGCGGAGGAAAUACGUGUGGUGGACAAGACUCCACCACAAAUGGCGUGGCUAAACGAGCGCCACUCUCAGGCAUUUGAUAACAAGAAAGUGGAGUUUUGCAGUGCUAAUCUCAUCAAUGCCGCUUCCUGUAAAAAUGCUUUCGUCCCACACCCAACCACAGGGCGAACGUGGGAUGUCGUAUUUAACUGCGCAGCUGAAACGCGUCCGAAUCAAACUGAAGCUGUCUAUAAGGAAGGGAUUCUUAAAUUGAGUAUGAAUUGCGCCAAUGAAGCAGCGAACAUAAAAGUGAAGAGAUUUGUAGAGCUAAGUUCCGGGUGUGUCAACAGUUCGGAAAAGAUUCCGCAGAGGGAAGAUUGUAAGCUUGAGGCGUGGACGUGUGUGGCUAAGCAAAAGUUGAAGGUCGAACGUGAACUAGAAACGCUAAGUGAUGCUUUGCCGUACACUAUUGUACGCCUGCCGAUCGUCUACGGUUUAGGCGAUAAACGCUAUUUAAUGCCUCGCAUUAUUGUAGCUGCAAUAUAUAAGUAUUUAAAUGAAUGUAUGAAGUUGCUGUGGAAUGAUUCCAUGCGGCUUAAUACUGUGCAUGUUGACGAUGUGUGCGCAGCUUUGUGGUUUUUGGCACAAAAUCCAGCUGCAAUAGGUGAAGUAUACAACAUCGUCGAUGAUGCUAAUUCAACACAAGGAACUAUAAGUGAUAUUUUGUCUGACAUAUUCUCAAUAAAUGUCGACUACUUCGGCAUUGUCAUGUCCAAUUUAACAAAGUUAAGCUUAUCAGAUACGGUUAGUGAUGUGAACGAUAAACAUAUGACUCCCUGGGCAGAAAUUUGUCAAAAGAAUGAAAUAAAUAAUACACCUCUAACGCCAUACUUGGACGAAGAACAACUGUAUCAUAAGCAUUUGUAUUUGGAUAAUACAAAAUUAAAGACUUUGGGAUACGUGUUGAAAGUGCCAAAAUUAAUGCGUGAACAUGUUAUUGAAAUUAUCGAAGACUAUGUAAAGCAAAAGUUAUUUCCAAAAUCUCUGAUGAUCUGAACUUUAGCUCCACAAACUUUGGUACUUAAGGAAGCAACAUUUAAGAAAGACAUGACUCAACUCAGUUAAAAUACGUAAAAUGUUUUCAUAGCAACUAAGGUAAAAAAUAUGUAUUUUUUUUUUUUUUGAAAAACAAAAAACUAUUGAAAGUGUAUAAUAAUGUAACACAACUCAAAAAGUUGUAUUUUCUAAGAACAAAAUGCUUGUUUUUUGUGCAUUAUUGUACACCGCUGAUAUUUUCUAAAGUGUACUUAUAGUAUUACUGCAUAGUAAGUUAGAGAAUUCGAAUUUUGAAAACGAAUUUUAAUGUUUUUACGUAUGUACUCGUAUUUACACAAAUAAUUGGUGUCUUAAGACGAUUUUUAUGUAAAGGAUAUUCUACGAAAUACAAUUACAUACUUUGUCAUAUAUAUGUGCCAAAAUAAAUAUUAUGGA